AUGUCAUAUUUGAAAGGGUUGGAUAGUCCGAGGAUGAUUCAACCUAGUCAAGUCCUCGCGAAUUCUCCCCUUGUUAACACUGUACCCAAGCCGGUUGGAGAGGUAGGCAAUGUUGAUUUCUUCCAUCCUUUGUUGGAAUUUGUGAUGACCAGUAAUAAUCUUGGAAGGAGCUUCAGUGAGGUGAUUGAUUCUGUCAAAAAUGUCGAGGGGGAGAAGCAAGACGGUCAAGCUAGAGCGUUGUCUAUGAGGGCCCUGGAAAUUUUUAGGGAUCCUAUACUAAUGGAUCCAUUGGGCAUUUCUCAAAGAGAUGGGUUGUUAACUAGCAUUGAAGCUAAGUCCAUGCUUAUAGAGGAAACCAAGGUCAAGCAAUUCAAAGAUAAUGAUUUAGAUGAUCUUAGAAAAGAGAUUGCAAUAGAUAAGUCUCAAGUAACCAAUCUAGAUAUGGAUGGUGUGCUCAACUAUAAGGGUAGAAUUUGUGCUCCAAGAGUUGAUGAUUUGAUCCUAAGGUUGCCAAUGAAAGAUCAUGGCUCGCGCUAUUCUAUUCAUAUGGGUGUGACCAAGAUGUAUAGAGAUUUGAAACAGUUUUAUUGGUGGUCAUAUGAGAGACAAGACAUUGUGAAGUUUGUGGCAAUGUGUGAGCAUUGUCAACAACUGAAGUAUGAACAUCAAAGGCCUGUGGUUCUACUUCAAAAUAUGUCAAUUCCACAAUAG